AUGGCGAUCAUAGUACCACUUCCCUCGCCGCGGUCUCCGCUCCUCCUCGUCCUGCUCGCGCUGCUGCUGCUCUCGUCCGCGCACCUCCCCCUCCGCGCGCGCGCGCAGCAAUGCUCCGCCACAACUCUUUGCGCCGACAACCUCUGCUGCAGCGAGUGGGGAUGGUGUGGCUCCACCCCCGAUUACUGCGGCUCUGGCUGCCAAUCCCAGUGCUCCCCCUCCGCCUCCUCUCCCCCUCCGCCCUCAACCGACUCCCCUCCGCCCCCUGCUGAGCUGAAGUGGAUGGCGUAUUUUGUCAACUGGGCGGGCAUGGACCCAUCGGUCAUCCCUGCUGCCACGCUCACGCAUGUCUUCUACGCCUUUGCAUCCAUCGACCCCACCACAUACCAGGUCAUCCCAUCCAACCCAGCAGUGGACGUGACCGAGGGUCUCUAUCUGCGCUUCAACUCCGCCCUGAAAGAUACCAACCCCGCCAUCAAGACCCUCCUCUCCAUCGGGGGCUAUUCCGCAGGCACCACCGCUUUCGUCAACGCCGCCUCGUCCCCCUCCUCCCGCUCUGCUUUCAUCCAAUCCGCGAUCACCCUCGCCCGAUCGUACAAUUUCGACGGUCUGGAUCUCGACUGGGAGUUCCCAACGGGCAACGCCGCCCUCUUUUCCGCCCUGGUCACGGAUUUCCGGGCGGCGAUUGAAUCCGAAGCCGCUUCGUCUGGAAACCCCAUGCUCCUGCUCUCUGCAGCAGUUUCUGCAUACGAGCCGACAAUCGCUGAAUCCUACGACGUCCCGACACUCAACAGUGCGCUGGACUUUGUAAAUGUUAUGACCUACGAUCUGCAUGGUUCAUGGGAGUUAACCACCGGCAUGCACACUGCUCUGGAGGACCUGAGCAACCCCCAGCUGAGCCUCAAGGGUGCCAUGGCUGCCUGGGUGUCCCGAGGCUUGGCCCCGAGCAAGGCCAUGCUCGGCCUGGCGAUGUACGGCCGAACCUGGACUCUAGCCUCGGCAAGCAGUACUGGGGUUGGAGCUGCGGCCACUGGGCCUGGUCAGCCUGGGUCUAUCAGUCAGGUGAGCUCUUCCCUUUCCUGUUUCUUCUCCGCAGCAUGCUUCUCUCCCUCUCUCACAUGA